CUGCGCGAUGUGCAAAACCAUGCACAACGCGGACAAGAAGGCGAGGCCGCCAGUGUCUGGCGACCGAUGCGCGGCCGCCUUUUCGGCGCGCCUGGCUCGAGCCAGGGCGGGCCUGGCAUGAUGAACAGGCGCCCCAGGAGCAGGGGGAAAGCCCGCAGGACCGGGCCCGAUGUCGGGCAUGUCCUUCAGUGUGCUUCGCUGUUUUCCCGGAUUCAAAUAACAACCCCGCUCGCAAAUGGCCGGAGGUUUUUGUGGGAUCUCUCUCGCGCCGAUGUGCUCGCCGACAGACAGGUUUCGGAAGCCGGGCCACUACCCUGCGUACUGAGCGAGCCGCGGCGCGAAGGCGUCAACUACUAAGCCGGCGCGCGGGGGGGGCUUGUCGGCCCCCUUAUGCGCCCCGAAACGCGACGCCGCAGUGGGCUGCCCGCUCUCAUGUGAGGCACCGGCGUGGCCGAUGGGGCUAGCAAGGCGCGCGCGCCUCGCCACGGGGCGGCUUUUUCGCGCAUGGGCACCCAUAGGGAUGGAUGCCCCGGGAGCCGUAGCCCGCGCCGGUUCGUUGUGGCGCGACCUACGUAGUGGCCCGGGCGCGAUUCUGAGGCCGCCGCGGACGAAAACCCACCAAACGGCUUGGCAACAAGCUCCAGGCCGGGCCCGCCGCCUCUUAGUUACCCUGCUAGCUAGCGUUCGUAGCUGCGUUUGAUUGUGCGCGUGCUUCGAUCGUUGCCCGCGCGCGAGCGUGCGCCGCCUUUCGGCUUGUGAGCCCUUUUGUCGCUGUGGUUCGUGGCAGGCUCGCCCCCG